AUGUUAGAAUAUAUGAGAGAGCGGAAGAAAUAUGGAAGCAAUAUUCCUAAAAGUUUAUCGUCUAAAAUAAAUAAAAGCAAAAUAAUACAAAAAAAUAUAUGCUCAAAUUAUAAAACAAUAAAAAUAAUUGAUAUAUAUGAAAAUUUACCUUUUAAUCAAUUAAAUAAUGAGAGAACAAAGAUUAAAGAAAUAAUUUUAGCAAAUGAUGUUAUAGUUGUUUUGUUAAUUUCAGGAAUAUCAAGAGCUUAUGAUAUAAUAAGUGGUUUAUUUUUAUGUGAAAUAAAUCCAAAUACUUUUUCGGUUGUACAUACAAUAGUAUAUAAUACAUACAACAACACAUUGAUAGUGGCUUAUGCUUCUUUUCCUGCUCAUUUACAAUGCAAAAUAAUAAACUGUCAUGAUUUAAAAGUUGGGAAGACAAAUUCUUCAGAACUUGGGACAUUAUUUGAAACAAAUGGAAGGAUAGGGGCAGCAAAUUUAAACACAAAUUCGUACACCUUCUGGGAUAUGAAAACAUAUAAGCAAGUAUUUGAAAUUGCAGAGGAAUUUCAAGAAAUAAGGGUUUCUGAUGGACUGGUUGCCAUGUUUAAGCAGCCGAUAAACAGCACAAUCCCCUUAGCUUUAUUUGACAUAGAAAAUGGAGAGAGAUUGGUGGAUACCAUUAUAUCCAUUUUGCCUAGGAGGGAAAUGCAAUUCCUCGAGCUUCUUGUGUCAAAACUUUUGAUAAAGCAAGAAGGUUCAUCUUUACGAAUAUAUGAUUUAUUGAAAAAGACUCGACAAAAAGUGAAAAAUACAUAUGCAUUUCAGCCCACUGCUUUUGUAUUCUAUGAUCAUCCAUCGCCAAUAAACGGAAAAGUUUACAACAACGAAAUAAGUAAAAAGUUUUUCACAAUAUCAAACGACUUGAUUGAGUUUUGGGACUUAGACUCAUUUAUGUUGAGGAAAAUGUAUUCCAUAUAUGUGCCAGGAUUAAGAGACCCAGAUUUAUGUAACCACAGUUUAAUGGCUGAAAUAUUAUGUCUAUAUAGUUCAAAUGCUUUUGAAAAAAUAAAAAAAUAUGAAAAUUUGUUUAAAUAUAAUAAUUGUGAGAGUAUUAAAAAUAAUGAGCUUGAUGAAAGUGGGAUAUAUAAAGAGGUAAAUAAUAAUGAAGAUAAAAAUAAUAUUUUAUAUAAGAAUAUAAAAAAUAAUAAAUUAAAAAUAAAUAAAGAAAAGGUUGAUUUUGGGGCACUUUUAUUUUUUUCAUUAAAUGAUGGAGAAUUUUUAAGUUACAUUUCUGAAAAUGUGUGUGGGAAUUCUGUAGAGGUACUUGCCUCGAAUAAUAACAUGACGACUAUUAUAUGUGGUGAUGAUCAGGGAUUUGUUCGUAUUUUAAGAAAUAACCCCAAAUUUGAUGAUUUUGAAAUAAAGGGAGAAAAUUCAAUGAAGAAUAUAAAUGACAAAAAGGAAUACAAUGAUGAGUUAGUGAUGUCUGAGCAAUUGUACAUUGAGGAUGAAGAAGAAGAAGAAGGAGGAGGAGAAGAGAAAAAAAAAUUAUACCAAAUUAAACGAAAAAAAAGUGAAUAUUAUAAAAAUGAAUUAUUAAAAAAACUAAAAACUAAGGAUUUGUCUGAUAGUAAUGGUGAGGAUAAGGAAGUUUAA